AUGCAAGCGGGGCUAGGAUGGGUUUUCACCAACGAUGCGGGUCGGGAACUUCAUAGAGGCCACAAAUCAUCAGACUGUGUGGGAUCGGUACUGAUAGCCGAAGCGUUGGCCAUCAGAGCAGCUCUCAACUGCACCCUAGAAAUGGACCUCACUGACUUGUCCAUCAAAUCAGACGCUCAAUCACUAAUAUAA